CCUAAAACCCGGCGGAGGGCACGCCUCCCUCACUCCUUACUUCCGCUUCCUUCGAGCGAGGAGUCGGCGCCUUCUCUCCUUCCUCAGCCGGAGAUGUUUGGCUUCAAGAGAAACGCGGUCAUCGGACUCAACCUCUACUGCGGGGGGGCCAAGCUGGGGACCGGCGGCGGCGCACGAGAGGCCUUCCAAGGUAUGCUCCGCAAGCUGGACAUCAAGAGCGAGGACGACGUCAAGUCUUUGUCUCGCGUGAUGGCUCACGUGUUUAGUGACGGAGUAACAAACUGGGGCAGGAUUGUGACCCUUAUUUCUUUUGGUGCCUUUGUGGCCAAACACUUGAAGAGUAUAAACCAAGAAAGCUGCAUUGACCCGUUAGCGGAAAGCAUCACAGAUGUUCUCGUAAGGACGAAGCGAGACUGGCUAGUGAAACAAAGAGGCUGGGAUGGGUUUGUGGAAUUCUUCCAUGUAGAGGACCUAGAAGGCGGCAUCAGAAAUGUGCUGCUGGCUUUCGCAGGUGUUGCUGGAGUAGGAGCUGGUUUGGCAUAUCUAAUAAGAUAGCCUUUUAAGUGAAAUAAUUGACUCUUAACCAACUCCAGGCACCAGAUCCACAUCUGCUGUGAAACCAGUGUAUUUAUGAAGUUGGACUUCGAAGCUGUCCAGGCUGUAACCUCCAAGCAAAGUAGAAAAACAAGUGGCAAGAGGAUUGUGGCUAAUCGGAAUAAAUAACAUCGAAAAAGUAGUCCCCAUUGAAGAGUCACUGUCUAAAAGAAGCAAAGUUAAGUUUCAACAACCGGCAAACUUUGGGAGGCCCUGAAGGAGGACUUUUAGAUUUAGUGAAGAUGGUAGGGUGGACUUGCUAUCCUUGCCUAGAACAGGAGAGUGGCCAGUAGCCAGGCUAGUCAUAUAGAGUUCAUUAAAUAUGCCCAUUAAUUUCUAUAGUGUUAAAAGAGAAGCACUAACAAUGCCAGUGAACUGUAAAGUGGAUUUAAGCUACAAUAGAAAUAUGACUAGAAGCCUCAGUACUGUACAACAGAGUGUGAAGGGAAGCUUUUUCCUCUGUAUAAUUGGCUUUCCCAGGUAUGCUUCUGGAAGAAUAGAAAGUCCAAGUGCGCAGGACUUUAUACCUGUUCUACUUUGACUUGGUUUGAGUGGUUUAGUUUGUUAGUCUUGUAAUGGCCACAAAUACUUGACUUAAGGCUCAAUAAUUGUAGUUACAAAUGUGGAUUAUCCUCAACUUUUAAGAUAAAAACAACUUGUAAAUGUGUUUGUCUGUAAAAAUUGUAUAUAUUUUUACAGAAAGUCUAUUUCUUUGAAAUGUAAAGGCACAAGAGUAGAAUUUCCAUUAGUUUUUUUCAUACCCUUUUGAAAUUUACAAUUUCUAUAGUUAGGAACCUAUUUCUUACAGCUUUUCUAUCCUAAACUUUGUCCUGGUCAAUUCUAGAUUGUAUACAGAACCAGUUGAUGUAAUUGUAUGCAACCUGGUUGUGAUGGAACAAUUCUGAUUCAUAACUAUGCAGGCUUUAAUUUUCCUAUCAGAUUUUGGUAAGUAUUCCUUAUAGGGCUUUUUUUUUUUUUUUUUUAAAUCUGGGUUGAGAAAUUGGGUAAUGGAAAUUCUUUCACUUGGUUACAUGUAGAUUUUCAGUAAUUGAGUCAGGUUGUUUUAGGGGGGUGGGGGUGGGGAGUGGGGAGCAGGCCGAUGAUUUACAAAUAAUGAGCUCUGAUUGGGCAACAAGUUGUUUUGAGUUCCUUCUGUUGGACCUAGCUUAACUGGUGAAAUUUGUGUUCAUGAGCUCAUCUGCAAAGCUUUUAAAGAGAUUUUCAGCUGUUCCAAAUGGGAUUUACUAGCCGUGUGUGUAUAAAAAGAUCUCAUCAGGUGGAUGAGAGACGUUUGAUCCCUUUGCUUAAUAAGUUGUACAAUGAUGGCUUUGAAAAGCAGACUAUAGUCUAACCAUGGUGCUAUUUUAGGCUGGCUUGUUAAACACAGGUCUAAGCCUAACAUAUAAAUAAAGCAACUACUUAAUUGUUUCUAUUAAUGAUUCCCAAACUUUGUUUUAAAUUUUUGCAUUGGCAUCCCUUCGGAUUUCAGAACUUGUUUUAUUGAACUUACCAUUUGUUUCCUAUUUUUCCUUUGAAUUAUUAUUUGCUGCUUGUUCUGCUCCCUCUACAGAUACUUAGAUAAAUUCCUACAUCUUUACCCUGCCAUCCCUGAACUCUAGCCUAUUUAGUUUUGGGCACUAGGAACCUAAGUAACCACCCCUAUAGGAGUCCACAGACCUUUAUCCUUCAUGAAUUUUAUCCUUGGUAGUACAAUGGGUUCUGUGACGACAAGUCAUGGUCAUGAGGUGAGAGGAGUCCCUUUUCCUUGGACUGGUACUUUUUGGUUUUAGCUUUUCCUACCUUUUUUGGGAGAGGGGAGGGAAUUUCAAAAGUCCUCUUAAAAAUUUUUAGAGGGGAGACUAUCUUACAUGACUUUGUCUAGAUUCCUUUGAAUAUGAUCGUUUAAAAUUGUAGAACUAGGUACAGAGUGCUGUAAAGGCUACUGGUCAAGCUAAAGUAAGCAAUGUUGGAACUAGGGUCAUUUGAAAGCAUCAGCCUCAGAACGUGAUCUUUAGUCUGUGGACUCCAGAUAAAAAUAGGCAUGAAUAAAAUGACUAAGAAUGUAAUAGGGAAGAAUGCCCUGCCUGCCCAUCUCCGAGCCAUAAGGUCAUCUAGCUAGAGCUAUUUUUACCUAUGUAUUUAUCAUUCUUGAUCAUAAACCACUUAUUUAUAUCAUGUCUGUCUCUAAGGACCUAAAAGCACUUUAUGUAGUUUUUAAUUAAACUUAAGAUCUGGUUAAGGUGACUAAAAGGCCUGUCUCCCCAUAUCCAGUUGUGGAAAUGAAUGCAUAGAUGUAAGUUGGUGGCAUUUAGGGGCCCAAUUUACUAGGUGUGACUGCUAAAUGAGGAUCUUAGUUAGUAUUGUUUGUGAGGGCUUAGGGAGCCCAAGUGCUUUGGGAAAGGGUGGAUGGUUUUAUAUGGAGAGGAGGCACUUGUUCUAAGUGCUGACUAGCUACAUACUUCAGGCAAAUCCUCCCAAAUGGGAAAGGAGGGAAUGCUUGGGAAGAUGGCUGUCUCAGCAACUUCUGUCUUAUGCUUCUCUCAGGGAAAAACCUUCAGUCCUCUAGUGUAACAUUCUAUAGGGGUGGACACCUUGGUUCUAGUUAGACAGCUGCUAUUAACAGCUGUACCAUUGGGGUUAGGACCAACUACAAAUUAAAUGUGGGCUGUAAAAUGUAGUGUGUUUCCCUAACUUCCUGUUUUUUCCUGAGAAGAAAAUAAUAAAUCUUUAUUCAAAUGCAA